UACUUUGUUCUUUGAUGAGUCUUUGGAUCCAAGGUAGGUUAUCUUUGUAAGUAAUUCGGUAAAAAUGAUAUAUUCUGUACGCUUUGUGUAUAAGUACAUCCACAGGCAGCCAAGAGCACUAUGUUUGGGUUCGGGCUUCAGAGGUCAUUUGGUUGGAACAUACUAGAAUUAUUCGUGUAUUAUCUGAUGCCAAAUAAAGGCAAAAAUCUCAAAGAUAUGAAGUCUUAUUGUUUGUCUUUCUGUACUAGUAGCCUUCAAGAUAACGAAGGUCGAGAUUUCUUGCAUAAUUACAUGUGAUUCGGGCCUUUAUUGUUAGAAUUUUAUCACAUGUAUUCGAAUCUACAACGCUAAGAAAAAAAAUCAUGAUCACGCGAAAUAUAGAUUCAAAAAGCUCCCUUACCUUAAGUUCAUAGCCGCUCUGUGUCCAACGGCCGGUUUAAACGCCGUUUAGUCGACUUUCAUUCCAUCAAGUACUGAACACUAUAAAAGAAGGGAAGUUCCCUUCUUUUAUAAAAAUUUUUCUUCCCCCCCCCCCGGGAAAUGUUACAACUAACUCAUUUAAAGAAUAGACAGUUCCAGAGGCUUUUGAACUGAAAAAUCAGCACUGAGAAAAUAAAAUCAUAUGCUUGUGGAUACGAUGUAAGAAAAGUGUCCAGAGAGCCCUUCUGUUCAGUUUUAAACUUAGCAAUAAUUUACACGUUAUUUUCCUGCUUCAUUUGAAAUAACCCUGACCAGGUCGCCGAGGAUUGCCUAAAACAGCAGAUAGGGUUUUCAUCACAGGCAACAGAAAGCUGAUUUUGCCUCUUGGCAAGCUAAAACUAACUCAGUAACGACCUCAACAGGGAAUUGCCCUUACGCCGUUAGCGUCAGUUUAAUUGCUUCAGAACGUUUAACCGUUAAAGCUGGUAAGGGCAUUUGGAGAAUUGUGCGUACCUCCGAAAAAGUCCUGGCUACGCCCCUGCUAGUGAGGAUCGUCCCUUAUUCAACAUUACCCCUCUUUAAGUCGGGAGCAAGCGAGUGCUAAUUUUGGUGGGGGUACUGAUGGCGGCUGCAAGAGUAGUGGCGUCCCAAACGUACUAUUUGAGAGCAGUUAUACUUAGAGUGUUUGUGAAACUAAACGAUUUAAUUUUAGUUUUCAUUUAGGAAACGCAAAAAUUCAAAAACACUGUUUAAAAAGAGAGCGAAGAGAGUAUGAAAGCUUUUAGUGGUAGGUUAGGAAUGAAUAGUUCAGGAACUUUGCCGCCGACGCUGGCGUUGUUGCAAGGUAGCUUGAAAAAUGACUUUAAUAAUUAAAAGUGUGCUAUUUUUUUCCGAUAAUUUAGCUAUUUCCCAUCUUCAGCGUCCUAAAAAUACAGCCGGAGUUCUCCUUCCGACACUCUCAUAAGCGACCACCUCUAAUUACAGGCAGCAUUCAAUGAAACACAGUUUGAACUGACUUUUAAAAUCGCUGUAAUGUUAAGCUCUCUUAAGCAACAGUUCCCGUAAGCGGAGCACUCUUGUGAAUCACUAGCUGGACCGUUUCGUUUGUUUUUUGGUUCUUAUAACCGACCACUACGUCGACACUUAAACAAAAGCAUUAACUUCAUGAUUAAAAUUUCGGGUAAACUAUAGCAAAAGCGCGAAUGGUUCGUUGAUUUGGAGUGACCAAAGUUAUUAAAAAAGAAACUGCUUAAUAUUCUUUUGCCUAACUAUAUCCGUAAUAAAGAACACAUGCGUAAAUGCUUAACAGCCCGUAAUUUUGUGUUGCUCAUACGUAAAAAUCCUGGUCGAGGGUGAAAAGAGAGUGAGAGACUGAGGAGAGCUCCGGGCGUGUAAAGAGACUGUUUCUUAAUCUAACAUAUUCCCAGGUUUUUUGCAAAGCUAUCGUUAGUGACCGCCAUUGAGAAACGGCGAGCAGUAGUUGCAUAAAAAUGGCUCAGUUUAUUUUACAAAAGAAACGUGAAACUAAGGUUAAGGUUACGAGAGCUAAUUUUGGCAACUGCCAUUUAGUUAACCAUAGGUAACCAGAGCGCCGAAAAUAUGAAUACCUACAGCAAAAUUUAUUGUCUUUGGAAAUAGCGAAGAGUGAAAUUUCCCAACUAAGUGUUCCGCUUUAGUUCGUGGGUGAUAAAAUGGGGAUCAAAUACAGUUUAAAUUUCUAUUGCGAAACGCACAAAUAUGUAUUUCAUCUGUAACUGAAUCCAAGUCGAAGGAGGGCCUUCUCCAAUAAAACUGACGUUAAAACCGAUUUGUUUUAAUUGUUCAGUUAACGCUGUAUCACCCACUAAUGUAAUAAUCGACCACUAUUGUAACACGAACUACUCAUAUAAUAAAUAUCAACCACUAAUGCAAUACUAACAUUACUGUAAUAAACAUCAACCACUAAAAGUUAACCACAGUUCAUUUUGUGUGUGCUCAUGUUCUUUAUGCGCUUCAGGCUUCCUGUAUAAAAUGCUUUUAAAAACAGUUGCCAGCAUUCUACUACUGAACCUGGACAAAAACAAAGGCUGCCUUUCUAUGAUAUUUCACUUGUUGUUAAAAAAAAAAAAAAGUUUUUUCCGGAUAUUAUGGGACAAGUUGGUACACGUUCCAGAAGUAGGAGCACUAUUAUUAUAUCGUGUUGGUCAUACGUCCGGUGCCUAAUACUUACCGUACUAUACAUACCUCCAUGACUAGUACAUUGUAGUUUGAAUUUAUCGCAUCUUUUGAAUGUAAAACAUUAACAAUACUCACACUGAAAUGUACUAGUCGUGGAUAUAUUUGUUGUCCGCAUUAAUUUGGAAAAAUUAGCAUAACGUCAAAACAGUGAAUGCUGUAGCGUGGAUUUUUGACCGGUUCGUAGGUUAGGUUUGCCUUUCAAUUUCAAGGUGUUGCAGUAAAUCAAUCCAAUGAAAGUUUCAGACUUUCUUCUAUACAUUAAUAUAUAGAUUUAGCCAGGGCUAAAAGCGAAGCUCCCAUUAAUAAAUUUAUAAUUUAAAUCAAACAAUAAACUUGUAAUCCACAAAUCAGUUGACUUUAAGGGAAAGCUAAGGCUAAGUGAUUUUAGAGUAAAAAAAAAAAUCUUACAUCGAAUUGAUAGCCGUAUAUAUACACCCAAAAAAUAGCAAUUAUCUUCGAUCACAUUUUAGAGCCAUAAUGGCUCUUGAUCACAGUAGAUUAGGCCUGAAAAACGAAUUUUUGGAAAACAAAUCAGGCCGAAUUUUUUGCGUUCGACAAGAUUUACUUAACAAAAUCUUGCCAACAACUCUGGGAGCGUGUAAACCAACAUUUCAUACUUUUUAUACAUCACAUCUGAAACAGUAAUAUGAGGCGUUGUUUUUAUCAUAUAGACCUCAGACAAAAUGCAGUAUUUCACAAUUUUUCAAGACAAAUUGCACUCAUUCAAUAUUCAGAACCGUACGAAGAACGCGUGGGCUUUUAGCAAAACCGUUCAAAAAAUUUCCAAAAUCACCUAUACGGCCAGCCGGUUCUCACUUUUGACAAGGGCCAAAUUUUCAGUGAACAUUAAAAGAGUUACGCUUCAACAUAAUAAAGAAUUUAUUGUGUUUAUUUUUUUUAUUAAAUGGUUUUAUAACGAUGUGUAAUCUUAAAAAGCGUUUGAUACGAGCAGCAUUUUGAGAACACCUGCAAGCGUUGUUUAUGAACGACUGAAAACAAACGGCAAGGCGAUUAAAAUUGUAAGAGACUACUAACAAUCAAUAAAAGAAAUGUAAUUCGGUGAAACAUUUACAGAGACAACAAUUUUCAUUCACGAAGACAAGUAUUAAAGCGUCUCUAAAAAUCCUGAGUCUUUAAGCUUAAGCUUAAAGCUUUUAGCCGGCUUCCCGGUGUUUACUGUUUUCAAAGAUGAACUCGAGGCAAGAAAAUCGCUCAAAGCUUUCUUUCUACGGCCAAAAUUAUAACUAAAUACUCUUCAGAACGUUUUUUCGCUCUAUAUGCGGAGAGAAAAUAUCGACUAAAGGCUUUUUAAAGUUCUGUAAGCUUAUAUAUACUAGAUCAGAUCAUUGUCUCAGAUCUUAAUACAAACGUGCAUAAAUUAGGCUCAUAAACUGCGCUCGACUUCAUGAAAUUAGAUAUAAAAAAACAAACAUACACUGUAUACAAUAAUUACUUGGGCUUACCAUUCGAGAUGCAGCUCUUGAAAGCUAUAAAGUAAGGCCAGAAUCGCUUGAGGGACUUUUCAACCCGCAUCCAGCAAGGUAAAAACGAAAGCGAUGCAUCCGAAAUCGGAUUUCCAACUUUGGCAACCGGCGCAUUUCCCGACCAAAAAUUCAAUAAACAAACCAGCCAUGAAUCAAAGAAGACUGUUGAUAGCAGCUGUAUUUCAUUUUAAGCAUCCAGUGGAAAAAGACAGUAAAAUUAAAAACAUCACAAGUUUACAUAAUACUCUGUCAGCUUCAGCUGUCAAACUGAAAGUAAACAAGGUUCAAGAUGCUGUAUAAAUCAGUUUCUGCAUGACCUCACCUGUCAAAUUUUGACCAAUCAGAGCAUAAAAAUUGGACGGUCGUAGAGCGUGAUCAACGCGUGACUAUGGUGAGAAAAGUGAAAAGCCUCUGUCUUCCCUGCUUGUAUUUUUAAAUGACUGGCUGAAUUUUCGAGUCCGAGAUCAGUUUGAAAUCAAAAUGUUAAUAGCGCGGGGCUAUAGUGACAUUAACACAACACUUUCUGUCAUCAUGUCAUUAUUUUGCUGCCGUUCUCUUUGCCUUUGUAUUUCUCUUUCGCGUUGCCUUUGUCUGUUCAUUCUAGCUCUGUCUCGUUCUGCUUGCCGGCGUUUUUCACUAUAAUUUUCUCUCCUUCUUCUCGCUCUGACUCUUUCUACUUGCUUUCUUUUUUUCAAAACCAGUUGUACGAUAUAAUUGCGCGACGUUGCGCCAUGCGAUUUCCCGCCAAAAAAUCUCUACUUUCCCCUACCCCAAGAGUCCAUGCGGACUACUUUCCACUACCCGGAAAGUCCGUACGGACGGACGUACGCUACGUCAUAACCAAAUUUUCUGGGAUGGAUAGUUUACCAAAUUUUCUUACCCAUGGUGCUCCGCUGCGCGCGCGCGAAGCGCGCGCGGGAGCUCCGCUAUGAAGAUUAUGUGAAGAGAUUUUAAAAAAAAUUUGUUCGAGUCGUUUGAGAGAUGUACAAAAAAGCGCUAAAAGUCCAAAUUUUGAAUGAAGUUGCACUUAUACAGGUGGUGAGAAAACGGGUUAGUUUUCAAGAAAUCAAGAACGAAAAUAAACCAAAAUUUCCUAGCAUUAAAAUAUGAUAUUAAGCAGCAUUCUGACGCUGCUUAAGAAUAAUUUGAGUCAUUUGUAACUUUUUUUUAUUAAAUAAACUAUCACGGCUAUUGAAAAUUUAAGGUUUGAAAUAUAUUUUCGUUUUAGUUGAAUUUAAACAUACAACUACGGAGAUUGUUUGCUAAACACCAAACUUUAAGUUCCUAGUGUUGGAUUUUCGGUAGCGGGUCUAGAUCACACAAAAUUCGGCUUUUAUCAAUUUCAAAGUUUUUUGUUUAUUGUUCUCAUAGUAAUAUCGAUUUUACUUAAAACUGCAUUUUCACAAAUUUCUAUCCAUAACCAAUUACUGGUGAAAAUUUGAUAGCGAUCGGAGAAGGAAAAAAACACUUUUAAGGCGAUUGAAAAAUAUCGGUAUGGCCUCUGAAAAACUGUAUGGAAACACCUUUAGCUCAGUUCACCUGCGAUUUGUUAAAAAUGACCAGAACAUCAAAGCAAAUGUAAACAAUACAGUUUGUAUAGCAAGUCAAAAGAAUAUCUACUGCCUAUAUCCAUCUCAUUCAACAUCAGUUAACAAGGAAGUCAUUGAUGAUUUCGGUGGGAACUGCAACGGAGUCUGUGUUAGUGAGGAAAAGGGGAAAGGUUCUGUCGUCACUAUACCGGAUAGGUAUGAAUUGAAUUGAGUUCUUGCCUUGACUAAAACAACUCGGAAAUUAAGGAAAUCAAAUAAUUCAUUAAUGUUUAUUACCGAUCAUGACGAAAAUAGUUUCGAUCACCAACAACAAUAAGCUUUAUUUUCAUUACUAUAACAAAGUAUUACAGUAUUGCAAAAGCUACUUGAAUUUAAUUAUUGAUUCCUUUUUAAAUACUUAAAAUAACUUUAAAUAUAAUAAUCAUUGCUUAUUUUCAAACAUCAGUAAGAUUAAUUAUUCCGAUCAUUCGCUGAUAAGACUGUGUGUCAAAUCAGCCAUUGCAAAGCUAUCUUUUAAAAGGUCCAUUACUUUACCAAAGAACAAUAACCAGCCAAAAAACUUACAUAGGCUGGGAUAGCGACUUUCAUUCGGAUAGUAGGUUGGGUGCCCUGUGGUAGGUUUGUCAAGAGUUCCUGUGGAGGUUUGUGUUAGUUAAUGAAUGUUUGGACAAUUUAGGCUUCUGGGAAACUGCCCACCUACCCCUUCCCUAAGCUAACAUUAGAGAGAUUAAGAUUCACGUUUACGCCAAACGGCAAACGUGAAUUUGUACCACGUGACCAGGUUUUCCCCUUGUUUUUCGUUUACUGUUUAUUGCUUCUACACAAAAAUAAGUAGUUUUAUGCUAGUUUUGUCCACAAGAAUCGUUCUGGACUGUUUUUAUCUGCUUAUUCUCUAUUCUGAGAAAUUUUCAACUGACGUUUGCCGUUUGCCGUAUGCCGUAAACGUGAAUCUUAAUCUCUCUAAUAACACUAACUUCUCGCUUAGGGCAAAAUGACGGCUUAGGGGAGGGGUAAGUGGGCAGUUUCCCAGAAACCGAAAUUGCGAAUGUUUGCUGAAAUAAAGAAUUUCCCUUUUUAAUCUUUCCUUUUUUACGUGAUAGAUGUGUCACCCACAGGGAACCUAGACUGUGAAAUAAGUGCACAGAAAUGUCAACCGCCUUUUCAGACGAUAACAGUAACGCCCAAAGACUCUAAAGUGACUUUGAACUGCUCUAUUAAGAAUGGGGGAAAAGUACAAGACAUGACUUGGCAGUACCUUGAAAAACACCUCAAUACCAGUGACGCCGGUCUGUUCUUACAACAAAUCGAUUCAAAGAAUGGAAGUCAGCCUCGUGAAUGUUUUUCUAUAAAAUACGCCAGUGAGUAUGUUCUUCUUUUGCCCUGA